AUGGCUAUCCAGGAUAGGACAAACGAGUUCAGGUCGUGCGUCGAGUCGAUCCGCAACAGGUCCGCUGUCCCUCGCAAUGCCGAAGCCAAGCAACGGCUCUUGCAGUCCAGCGGUAAACCUAGCUCCAAGAGCGACUUCUCGCGCAUGGCAUCCUCGAUUGCGAAGGAUAUCAGCAGUACCACUAUCAAGCUCGGAAAACUCGCUCAGCUGGCUAAGCGCAAGACCCUGUUUGAUGACCGACCUGUGGAAAUAAGCGAACUCACGUUUAUCAUCAAGCAAGAUAUUGCUGGUAUCAACAAACAGAUAGCGGCCCUCCAGUCGUAUGUGAAACAGCGGAACGGACAGGGCACAAAGUCUGGAGAGGGAAAACAGGUAGAAGAACACAACCACAACGUCGUCAUGAUGCUCCAGAGCAAACUCGCAAAUACCAGUAUGAGUUUCAAGGACGUUUUGGAGGUUCGGACACAGAAUAUGAAGGAGUCGAAGGAUCGCACGGAGAAAUUCAUGUCGUCAACUGCCGCUGCGGCGCACCAGACUCCUCCAAGUACGCAUGCUCUUUCUCGGCCAAGCUCCAAGGGCAAGGGCCGCGCGCCCCAGGAUGGGGAUGUUCUCGCACUGGACUUGGGUUCGGCGGAGGAAGGCAUGUCUGAUGGUCACGGCGGCGGCGCCUUCAUGCAGAUGGAAAUGAUGGAGCAACAGGACUCGUACAUUCAAUCACGGUCCACCGCCAUUGAAUCCAUCGAGUCGACAAUUGGAGAGCUCGGGCAAAUCUUCACUCAACUCGCCACCAUGGUCGCAGAGCAACGGGAAACCGUCCAACGCAUCGAUGCCGAUACCGUUGACAUUGCAUCGAAUGUCGGGGGAGCUCAACGCGAAUUAUUGAAAUACUAUGCAAGCAUAUCAAGUAACCGCUGGCUGAUGCUCAAAGUCUUUGGAGUACUGAUAGUCUUUGUAAGCCCCAGCCGUGUUCCGUUUGGCCAACCCCACUCACGGGCUUUUGCAGUUCCUUGUUUUCAUUCUUGUAUCAUGAGCACGGACGCCAACUGUGUUUGGCACCAUAUAUGGACCAUUUCUUAG